AUGAGUGACUAUCAACAGAGGACCAACGAUGGUGCUUCCCAGAACAACACCGUGAAUAUGGCUCCGACUAGCAGCUCGGUGGAAACCACCUCGUCCUCUUCAUCCGCCAAGAAGCGAGGACGGGAGGCUUCCAUGCUGCAAUCCGAACAUGAUCGGCUAUUAAAACGACGCCAACGUAAAAAUGCACGUAGGUCAAACGCCGCUGCAAAAAAUAGAGAGGCGGAGCUUGAAGAGACGGUCACGCGACUUCAAUCGGCGACCGAGUCAACACAGAAUGAGAACGAACAGUUGAAGGCUAUGAUAGAAGAGCUUCAACUCCUCAAGACCCAAGCCGAGCUGGAGGAAGCACAGUCCCAGGAGAUCGAUUGGGAGGCGAUUGUGAAUGAGAUCGACUGGGAGAAGACUACAAAUUAG